AUGACAAUGAAUGAAAUGUAAAUAUGCCUGCAGUUCACGUUCUUUUUAACACGCUCAUCAGGAUAUCUGAGCGUGUGUCUGAGCGGCUCUUGGAGGGAGCGGUGGUGCGUGCUCCGGGGUGGAAGUUUGUACCUUCAGAAGGACCCCGGGGACCAGCGACCCCCAAUCAUUGUGGUGCCACUCAAGGGGGCAGAGGUGAUGCCAGGCGGGCUUGGACCUAAACAUCCGUUUUCUUUCCGCAUCCUACAGGGAGGCAACGAGCUGGCAGCUCUGGAGGCCAGCUGCUCUGAGGAUCUUGGCCGCUGGCUUGGAGUUUUGUUUGCAGAGACCGGCAGCAGCACUCUCCCUGAAGAGUUGCACUACGAUUACAUCGAUGUGGACACACUUACUGACAUACGGCAUGCUGCCAGACACUCCUUCUUGUGGGCCACAACAGCUAACUCCUCCAGUAGUGCUUCAAUAGACUCCAGAACUUACGAUGAGGUCUAUGAAAGUGUUGCG